AUGCCUAUCAUAUCACGCGUCGUGUCCAUUAUCCUCCGCGUUGGAGAGCUAAUCUUCGCGGCUGUCGUUGCUGGUAUUGUCGGAUCGUAUCUCCAUGAUUUCGACAAGGCCGAUGCCUGGCCACAGGCCCGUUGGAUCUACACUGAGGUCAUAGCCGGUCUCUCUAUUCUGCUAGCGCUGCUAUGGCUGCUGCCUUUCUCAAGCUCGUUUUUCACGUGGCCGAUUGAUAUGCUCUUAUCUUUCGCAUGGCUUGCGGCAUUCGGACUCUUGGUCAACACCCUGCGUAGGUUUGAUUGCGGAGGAAUCUUCGAAUGGGGCCACAUUACGGACCGAAAUAUCUGUUCUCGCUGGAAGGCCUCUGAAGCAUUCAGUUUUCUGUCUGCUAUUUUCUGGAUGGUCUCUGCUUUAGUGGGCAUUUGGUUCACUUUCCGUACACGAAACCGCGCUGUCGCUGGAGAUGCAGCCACUCCUGGCCAUCGUCGCCGUUGGUUUGGCCGCCACCGGGUCUAA